GGCUCUGCUCUGAUGAGCUCGUGUUAUUGGGCCACGAACCUUGUUAAAUGUGGAAUGAUUUCGUGUUGAACCGUGUUAACCUACAAUGUAUAUUUUUCUUUCAUGAAAUUUGAAACCUGUUGCUGUACGUGGAAUAGCAGAUUCAUCAAUUUUGGAAAACAAGAAAAGCCACCUGAUCAGAGAGGAGAAUUUCAGUAAUUCGUGGUAUUAAUGACUUGCAGUUCACUGAGAGAAACUGGAAAGGCGAAGCAAUCGGAGUGCCAAUAUCGUGAGGGUUUGGUAAACCGCCAGUUGCCGUUUCGGAAUCAUCACCGGAUGUUGUCAGUCAUGAAUACUUUGUGCCGAGUUUCUACCAAGUCCUCAACCGUCCUUCAGGACUACUAUUGUAAUCAACAACGAUUACGAUUUAUUCUACUUCUAUAAUAUUGCUGGAUGAUUCUUCGAUGCUGAUGUCAUUUGCCGAUUCAUCUUUAAUAGUUGACGAUUAAUAGUUGUGGUGUAGGGACUGUUUUUCGGUAGAGCCAAUGAAACAAUAAUGCUGGUGAAUCCUUCAUUUGCCAACUGCAAGUUGCAAUUGCCAGUCUUUUUAAAUUCUGCUCUCAUUGCGUCUUUGAGGAAAGUGGUUCGUGAUCCUGGUUUGACCUGCUGAAGACACUCGGAUAAAUAGGCGCACCGAGAAUUCGGUUCAUUUGUCCUCGUCCCACUGCCGGCUCCAUUUCCACUUCCACUGGGACCAUCUCGUACCUACAGGACGAAAUACGAUUUACACAGAAGAGUCGAGAUGAAAGGAUUCGCUUAAGGUAUCAUAUGUGCUGUGGUUACGUGAAAUUUAAACUGGCCGAAAGGAAGUCGAGGACAACGCCUCCUUUAGCUGGCCCUGUCAAUCGUUUGGGGUUACCACUCCAACGUGGCUUGAGAGGGGGAAUUAAUUACCAGAUCACGCGGAGAUGUCGACCCCUUAGCAGAUUCGAUGUCGACGUGGAGCGAAUGAAACAGCCGAACGAAACGAAGGAAAUGAAAACCGCAGAUGGCUAUUCCACUUUGCCGAUUUGGAGUGACAAGAAAAUAAAUCAUCUGCUGCUAGUCGAUGCUACGAAUGUGGGACGAUAUUCAUCGCUUCGAGAAAAUUUAUACCUGACAGCAUGGGCAUGGCUGACAGUCAAGAAGAUUUAUUUGCUGGGGGGCGAAAGUGGGGACUCCCAACAGGAAAUGAUAGCCAACCCACCCCUUUUGGAUAGGUGCCAUCGCAACGGGAGCAGAACGUGUCCAGUUAUCAGUUACCAUCCAUCGCAGAUCGGAGUGACGUGCGCCAUGGAUUAAUCGAGACUUUAGUCAGCAGUUGUUUUGAAAUGGCGCCGUUUUCACACCAAUUUCAUUAUCAUUGAGAUUGCAGACAGAGAAUGCCGAUUCCAAAUUACUAGUUAUUCAACUCUAAUGGAUCUCCAGUCAAGUCGUAAUCACCGCGUCGUCUGGUCAAGGUCAUCUAGUGUAUGAAACGAAACAAACCAACGAUAAAUCGUGCCAAAAAUCUGAGUUUUCACCGGUGGUGCUGUGCGCUUGAUUUGGACACGUGGUGUAACACAAUGUGGCCCCCAGACAACGUGAACUAUUUCCUGUAUGAUGUAAACUUUCGUUCCGAUUUUUUUUUUUCCUAAAGUGACCCAGCAGGCAGCAGCCGAAAGUGCGCACUAGGAGCUCCUCUUCGUCGUUGUCUUAUCUCUGUUGUGAAUAACGGUCCCAGUGCCGCAUUUGGAGGUUAACCAACUCUCGCUGACAUUUUUCUUUUAUUUGUGUUUGUUUCUGGAUCAUUGGAUCUCCAGGGCGAACCGGUUUUCUGACUGAUAUAUGCGACGAACGUGUGCGCAUACAUAUUGAAUAUAAUAUCAGCAUUUACAAAGACUUGCCAAACCAUCCAGUGAUCCUCCAGCUUUUGUGACGUCCAGUUAAAUACGCACCAGUUUGUGGGAUCGAUUUGUUUUGUUGUCGUCAUGAUUUUGAGGUGGCGAAUCGAGUGCUUUUACGGGUUCGCUCUGCUGGUGACAGCCUCGUUAAGUGGCUGCAGUUUGACUGACAAACAUUAUGGAGGUGCCAGUAACAGAUUGUCGGCCCGUGCCACCAUCAAAAGUUGGCGGAGGAAAGCCCAAGAGCAAUUGCUAAAUCGUUUGCAACCGUAUCCAGAAAAUCUUUUAACGCCACCGCAAAUCAUUGAGAAACGAGGCUAUCCAGUCGAGAUUCAUCAAGUCACUACAGAUGAUGGGUACAUUUUGGAUCUUCACCGCAUUCCGGCCAAAUCGUCGAGCGGACCCAAGCAAGUGGUUUUCCUCCAGCACGGAGUUGCGGAAAGCUCCGCCACUUGGCUCGUCAAUCCUUCCAGUCGAUCCCUACCAUUAUUGCUGGCUGAUCAAUCGUACGACGUUUGGCUCGGCAAUGUCCGGGGCAACAGGUAUUCCAGGAGACAUGUCACCCUCAAUCCUAAAAAAGCGGAUUUUUGGAAAUUCAGCUGGGAUGAAAUUGGGAAUUAUGACCUGCCGGCCAUCAUCAAUUACAUCCUGAAAGAAACUGGCCAGCCGAAAAUGUCUUACAUCGGACACUCGCUGGGAUGUGCUACGUUCUUUAUCGCUAUGCUCAAACAUCCGGAGCUCAACGAUAAAAUUGACACCAUGGUUGCGCUGGCACCGGUGUCGUCCUUUGCCCAUUUCACCUCUCCAAUAUUUCGCCUUCUGGCUCCGUUCGGUAAAACCUUGGAGAAAUUCUUCAGGCUGAUUGGAACUUGGGGAUGGCUGGACGGCGAAGGUUUCGGAGAGAUUUUCUUCCGCGCCGUUUGCGGAUACACUUACAAGCAAGCCAAAUUUUGCAGGGACUUGAUCAUUUUCGUCACUGGGCCGAACCCAAAUAAUCUUGACCCGGCUAUUGCUUUGCUAGCCAUUUCGAACGUUUUUCGAGGGACAUCAGUGCCAGUAAUUGCGCAAUUUGCCCAAAAUUUCCAAGCAGGGGAUGUGUUCCAAGCUUACGACUACGGAAAAAUAGGUAACGAGAAACGAUACGGAUCGAAAAAGCCGAUGGAAUAUAAUCUGAAAAAAGUCACAGCUCCGGUGUACGUGUUUUCGGCGGGCAAAGACCGAAUCGUCUCCCCACUGGAUGUCGACUGGCUUGAGACUCAACUUGGAAAUCUCAAAGGAUCUAUUCGUAUUCCAUAUUACGAUCACAUUGAUUUCAUCUGGGGGACAGAUGUCAAAGAAAUCGUGUAUGAUCAAGUCAUGGCCCUUUUACCGCCACCAUAAGCUCAAGCGUACCUCUUCGUCUUCUAUGCAAAUGCAAUUCAUAUAAAAACAUGUCAGGUAAUUUAUUCAUCAAGCUUGCACCCCCUGUAUACAUAUUGUAUUUAUUAAUUGAAAGUUAUUAAAUUCAAUUCUUGUUAUGAAA